AUGUGCGUCAUCACUGUGGACGUUGCUAUUUGCGAUUCAACUUAUCCCAACAUAGAACUCCCCGAUGGCUGUUUGAAAGUCUACCCAUACACAUAUUCCGAAUCUGUCUGUGAACAAGCAGAAAAUUCUCUAGGGUCCUGCGGCAAGGUCGAGAUGCAGAAGCGUCAGGACAAAGAGGGUUCCCAGAUCGAGAAGCGGAUCUGCGAGGCUUGCGCCGCAUGGGCUGCUCUAAUGAGAGGCAGGGACGGCCGGAUGACUCGACGCUCGCUCCGGAGGGCGGACUCGCUGCGGAGCGAUUCGGGCUCCGAGUACUCGGUGGCAAUUAUGACCCCUUCCGACUCUGACGAGUUGUCAGAGUCGGAGGUGGAUGCCAGGAGCACUGCCAGUGGUGAUUUCACAGAGGCUUGA